GGAGUAAGAUAGCCAAUUGGGCAUGCAAUGUUGAUUAGAUUUUCGGCGCUCAAUUGACCAUUUUAUGAUAGAUUUUUUGUGAAUGAGUGUGUGUGUCUGGCUACCAAAUCUGUGUUCGUGAGUCGUGGCUGACGUCACAGCCAGUUAAACCGCAGUUUUUUGGGACCGGGGAGUCACGAAGCAAGAGGACACAUUCCUUUGCGCCGGGGAGCAGGCACGCCCCUCCAAGAUCCGCUGCUUUAUAACGGGACUGGGCCGGGCAGAGGGAGACAACACAAUUGUAACUCUGAACUCCAAGUGGACACAACUGUUCCCGUCAAAGAUGUACUGGGAUACCAUCCUGAAAUCCAACGAGAGAAACAUAGACACCAAAGACUCUAAAAUAAAGAUGGAGAUGUACCAAGCUGGAUAUUUUAUGGAAGACUUCAGGACACAGGAAGUCCCUGCUGGUUUUGACUUUGCAUCAUAUGACUACAGUGAUGAAGACCUGUCUUUUCUAUUAGACGGUAAAAGACCUGGGCAGCAGCAGUAUCCAGAGAGUUACGGUGAGCCGCAGAAGAAUCCACUUCCGUACGACAACAAAGUAACCUCCAGUGACUCUGUCCUGUUCAACCUGGAUUCAUACCCAGAGUUUAACUGUUGGGCGUCAUACCCAAGUGAUGGGCUGACUUUGGACCAGUGUCAAGUGGGGUUCCAGGAUUCCACCCAGACUUACCACAGCCUUGUACCCCUGUGUUCCCCAGCCCAGAGUGGACAGUUCAGCCCAGGCAUGGAGGAUGCCAGCACCAGCAACUCCUUCCUCGCUGGAAAAGGAACGAGCCACAGAGGGACCCCCAGCACUGUCAGCCUGGACCACCUCGGUGAAGCUGAGCAAAGCCACUCAGGUGGAAAACUGUACGACUCAGAAGCACAGAAGAGGUCCCCCUCCUUCUGGCCGGACUACCCCUCUCCCAGCUAUGGCGCACCCCUGCCGCCUCCUCACCACCCUCCAUCUUGUUCCUCAAUCCCUGGACCACAGCAGCCCUCAGAGCAGUACUGCCACCGUGUGGCCAAACGCAAAAGUACACACUCCCAAAGACCGGAGAGGGAAGGAGGACAAGUGAUGGGAAUGUCAGUUUAUCCAGGGUCAGGGCCCAUCCAAUUGUGGCAGUUCUUACUGGAGCUGCUUUUAGACUCCGCCUGCUGUACCUUCAUCUGCUGGACAGGAGACGGCUGGGAGUUUAAGAUGUCAGACCCAGCAGAGGUGGCCAAGCGUUGGGGCCAGUGUAAGAACAAGCCCAAGAUGAACUACGAGAAGCUGAGCCGCGGCCUGCGUUACUACUACCACAAGAACAUCAUCCACAAAACGACAGGCAAGCGCUACGUCUACCGCUUCGUAUGCGAUGUGCAAGGGAUGCUGGGAAAGACGGCACAUGAGGUCCUGGCCAGCCUGAACAUUUUACCCAUGGGUACAGAGUCAUCCUGGCAAGGCCAGGGGGCACCAGUAUCAUCACCAGAGUCCAGCGAAGCAUGGGCGUCGCAGUAGGGGGAGUGUACCAGCAGCACUGGUUCUUAUUGGUGCUAUUGGCUCUUGAUACUGUUAUUGCUACAUCACUAGAAAUAUGCUAUGUAGAACAAACAUACCUCUUUGACAUGUAGAAAAGGAAUCAAGUCGGCUCUAUUCAUGGCAUUUCUAUCUGCGGUGUUAGACAACGUUUGGUGUAACACUUUUAUUACCAAGUGAUACAGUUCUAGCCAUAGCUGCGGGAAGUAGGGGUGCACCACCGCCUGAAAAAUCAGAAUAAAAAAAUUCUGUAGUAGCCUUCAAUUUGAUUUGGUUUUAGUGUAUGACUUACCUCCUAUAAACCACAUGACUUAUUAACAUCAACAGAAUAAGCGCUCAAUGAAACUGUAAGCCGAGCUGUCUCCAAUACUGAUGCUCUUUAUGGUAAUGACAUGGAUAGUGAUUAACAGCCCCCCUCCAUCCUCAAGUACUUCGUGCCCCCUCUAAAAUAAUGGGUUCAUGACGCCCCUGCUUACCACACAUGCUGUUGAACAAUGUUUGACAUUAACUUUGGCUAUGAGGAUCUGUUUGUUUUUAUACCCUUACAUAUCUACCUCUUUUAUUGCUGACAAAAUAAAGCGAAGAGGGACAAUGCUUGUUCUGUUGAAUAUAAUGUGUGUGAUUUACAUGAUUUAGGGAACAAUGUUGUUUGUAAAAUGAUUGUAAAUAAACUGUACAUAAGUAGAAAAAAAGUAA